AUGGCAGCCACUACAGGCUUCAGGGUAAAACUUCCUUGCACUUCUCAACUGUUGAAAGAAUUUAAAGAAGGUCAGAAAGGAGUAGGAGAUGGCACAGUUACCUGGGGUCCAGAAGAUAAUGAAGAUGUGACAUUUACCAGAUUGACAGGGAUGAUAAUUGAGCCUCUAAGGGUGGACCCAAGAGUCAUAUCAGUGCUAGAAAAAUGGAAGGAUUCAGAUAGGAUCAAAGUUGUCCUGCAGGAGCUGAAGCACCUAAUGGUGUCUAAAAAAAAUAUGAAACUCCUUCAACCACCUGAAGGACAGGGUUACAGCAAUUAA